CUAGGCGCCGCCAGCCGGAAGUCCCGCCUGCUGUGUAGUCUCCGCUGUCGCUGCCGCUGUCGUUGUUGUUGUGGUUGGUGCUCUGAGCUCCGCGGCUCCGAGAGCCGGCUGAGUCCCUUCCCCGCUGUCGCCAUGAAGUGGAUGUUUAAGGAGGACCACUCUCUCGAACAUAGAUGCGUGGAAUCUGCGAAGAUCCGAGCGAAAUAUCCGGACCGGGUUCCGGUGAUUGUGGAAAAAGUGUCAGGCUCUCAGAUUGUUGACAUUGACAAACGGAAGUAUCUGGUUCCAUCUGACAUCACUGUGGCUCAGUUCAUGUGGAUCAUCAGGAAAAGGAUCCAGCUUCCUUCUGAAAAGGCAAUCUUCCUGUUUGUGGAUAAGACAGUCCCACAGUCCAGCCUAACUAUGGGACAACUUUACGAGAAGGAAAAAGAUGAAGAUGGAUUCUUGUAUGUGGCCUACAGUGGAGAGAACACGUUUGGCUUCUGAGAGCCAGUGCGGGGCUAGGUGUACUCUACCUGCUUGUGUAUCUUGUAAAUAGGCGGCCGUUUUCAGUUACUAUUCCAGAUCCUCUUCACCUUAGACCUAUUAGUGCGUUUGUAACUGGAUUGAUUUCUUAAUAUAUUGGGAGGUUUUUGUUUCCUUAGCCUAGUAAAUUAUCAUACAGAGUUUUAUUUUGAGUUUUCUUUUUGUGCACUGUCCUCAUGGCUAUACUCUCCAGAGGUCUUGCUCCUCUGGGAAUCAUAUUUAAUGAAGGUAUUUCCAUAUUGACGUGAGAUAGGUGGGGCAUUAAAGGGAAAGGGAGGAAAAUGAUGCAUUUAUUCUGGAUUAUGUUUGAAGUGUUAGAUGGCUAAGUAUUAAAAGCAUCCAAAUUAAAUCCUUAGCAAUCAGAACACUUGCUUCACUAGAUUUUGCCAACUGCCAAUCGGUUGGACUGAGCUAAUCUGUUCCUCUUUCUGAAACUAUUAAGGUAAAUAAUUAACAAUAAAACUUCCUCUUAUAAAGGCA